CCCAUAGCAGCCACAUAUGUCGUCGACGGCAUCGAAAAUUCCGCAUCAGCCUCCGGCACCGUGCCAGCGGGCUUUCUUCAACAAAUCCCGGAAUCCACAUGCGUCCCUGGAUCCGUUCAAGGCUCACUUACAGUCCUCGUCGUGGUGGACUUACUGUACAUCUACCUCCCACACGUGAACCCGUUCAUCGUCCACAUUGAGUCCACCGUGCUGGGCUGGGAUGAAAAUCCAGUCAGUGUCCUUGUGGCUACGUCGGAAGGUCUGCCGUUCACGAUGGGCGACGACCCUGCGACGACGCAAAAUGGGGCUUCACCUGGUUCCACUCCUGCGGCUGGUAAUGGUGCGUCGGAGAGCCCUAGACCAGGGAAGCUUGUGCCAAUUGAAAGCCAGUCUGGUAGAAGUCAGUCGGGAGGAAGUCAAUCUGAAGGGAGCCCAUCUGGAGAGAGCCCGUCGGGAGGUAGUCAGUCCAGCAGUGGGCAGUCUGGAAGCGGCUCGUCCAACUCAAAUCCUGCGACACCUCCUAGGGAGACUGUUGGCACCAUCGGGACGAAUCCGGUCGUCUUGGGACCUUCAUCCGUCGUCAUUGUUGGUUCGCAAACCGUCCAACCGGGUGCCCCCGGUGUAACAAUAGGCGGAAGUUCAGUGUCGGUCGCUCCCUCCGCAACAGCAAUCGUCGUCAACGGCCACACAUCUGCUCUUCCUGUCGUAGCUAAUCCCGGUUCACCAAUCCAGACCAUUGGAACAAUCGGUGGUACCCCUAUCGUAGUAGGUCCGUCUUCGGUCGUUGUUGGAACGGUCGGCAGCAAUCCCAUCAUUGUCGGACCCGCUUCUGCCGUUGUUGUAGGCACGCAAACUCUUGUGCCCGGUGGCGGUGUCGUCAUCGUCAACGGCAGCCCAGUGUCGCUUGUGCCUUCAGGAAACGCUCUCGUCAUCGGAAGCACAGCAGCGAACGGUGCAAUUAUAGGGACUCAAACCACUUCCCUCCCGCACGUCAUCUUUCCUGCAGGGUCAGCCCAAGCGCAAGCGGGCGCAGCGCCACCUGUGCUAACUAUCGGCUCAUCUACUCUGACGGCCAACGCUGCGACGCAGUUCUUCAUCGCUCCCGGACAGACACUGACCCCGGGUGGAACAGCAACGGUAGGUGGGCAGGUUGUGAGCCUUGACGCCUCUGCUGCCUUCAUUGUUGUUGGAGGAUCGACGCAAAUACUGCCCACCUCGCCUCCUGCGCUGGCAACCUCACGUCCUGAAAUCGUUGUCGAUGGCACCACCAUCACUGCUCUCCCCAACAUCAACAACGCUGCGAACGGCGAUCGCGGUCCCACCUUCGUCAUAUCAGGCCAGACCCUCAUUCCAGACCACGCAAUCAACGUCGCAGGCACCGUAAUCUCCCUUCCCCUCUCAGGCUCCUUCGCAGUAAUAAACGGCGUGACAUCCACCUUCGCAAAUGCAGCAUCGUCACUCACCGCCGCCGGCGCCGUCAUCACUCCUCUCCCCAACCCGGGCCCUUCUUUCAGCAUCGAUGGCCAACUCCUUACACCAGGCGGUGUCAUCACCGACUCCGGAACCACAAUCUCCCUCGCUCCCGGCGGCACAGCCCUCAUCGUAAACGGCGUCACCACGCCCCUAGCCCCUGGGCAGUCCGCACCUCUCACCAUCGGAUCGCACACUUACACCGCCCUCCCCAGCAGCGGGCCUAGCUUCAUAAUAGACGGCCAGAUCCUCACACCCGGCGGCGCCAUCACUGUCUCGGGAACCACAAUCUCCCUCGCUCCCGGCGCCACAGCCCUCAUCGUAAACGGCGUCACCACGCCUCUGGCUCUAUCCGCCACCCUCACCAUCGGACCGCACACCUACACCGCCCUCCCCAACAGACCUGGCUUCCUAAUAGACGGCCAAACCCUCACACCAGGCGGCCUCAUCACCGUCUCCGGAACUACAAUCUCCCUUUCCCCCGGCGCAACCGCCAUCGUCGUAAACGGCGUAACUACGCUCCUCACCCCACAAGCUCAACCAACACUUACACACCCGCCCCUCCUCACCGUCGGAUCACACACGUACACCGCGCUCCCCGGCGCGGGAACCGCCUUCGUGAUAGACGGGCAGACGCUCACGCCCGGCGGCACAAUCGUCGUAAACGGCACGACGAUCGUUCUCUCCCCCGGCGCGACGCAGCUCGUUUACGGUAGCGCAGGCAAGAGCACAACAGAGGCGCUUUUCCCCGCGACGACCACAACGGCGAGCGCGCGCCAGACUGACGACGGGGAAUGGCCUGCGAGUGCGGGCGCGACGCAGCGCGUGGGACAGGCACAGCCCACGGCGAGUAAGCCCGGGAGUGCGUGGUCUACAAAUACUAGCUGGAUGCUCGGCAUGUCUGCGUUGAGUUUCUGGGGUGGGAUGUGGUGCGUCUUUUGA